AUGUCUCGUCCGGGCUUGCCCAAGGUCCCCGUGCCCCCGCUCAAGCAGACCCUGGAGACCUACCUGAAAUGCGUGCGGCACCUGGUGAAGGAUGAGCAGUUCCACAAAACCAAGGCCAUCGUGGAGAAAUUCGGAGCCCCCGGAGGCACUGGCGAAGUUCUGCAGAAGAAGCUCCUGGAAAGGAGGGACAAGAUGGAAAACUGGGUGUACGACUACUGGUUAGAGGACAUGUACCUGAGCAACAGGUUGGCCCUACCGGUCAACUCCAAUCCCGCCAUGGUGUUUCCCAAGCAAACAUUUAAAGAUCAUAAGGACGCCCUGAGAUACGCUGCUCGUCUCAUCAGAGGUGUGCUGGAGUACAAGGCCCUCAUUGAUGCACGAGCACUCCCAGUGGAGUUUGCGCGAGGGCAGCUGGCUGGGACACCUCUGUGCAUGGAGCAAUACUCCCGCAUGUUUACCUCAUACCGCUACCCGAGCCUAAAGACAGACACGCUUAAGGUCCGCAUGAACGCAGCCUCCGCAGCAACGGAGCACAUCAUCGUGGCCUGCAAAAACCAGUUUUUCGCAUUGGAUGUAGUCACUGACAGAAAGCCGCUCAGUGAAACAGAGAUCUUAUCCCAACUUGAGAAAAUCACGUUAAUGGCAGGAAACGCUGAAGAGAGAUCUCCUCCUUUUGGUAUCCUGACAUCCGAUGGGCGAACUGAGUGGGCACAAGCUCGAGACAUUUUGAUAAAAGAUCAAACCAACAUGGACUCUCUGGCUCUGAUAGAGACUUGCCUGUGUGUGUUAUGCUUGGAUGAGGCCACUGGGAUGAAGCCCACUGAUACCAACCGGGCUCUGCUCAUGCUACAUGGUGGUGGGUGGGAAAAGAACGGCGCAAAUCGCUGGUAUGACAAGUCGAUGCAGUUUGUUGUAGGAAUGGAUGGAAUAUGUGGAGUGGUGUGCGAGCACUCCGCGUUUGAGGGUGUGGUUUUGGUGCAAUGUUCGGAAUAUUUGACUAAACAAAUAACCAGGAGCACAUUAGAGGCCACCAAGCCAGCCAGCAAUCGAAAGCUUCCGGUCCCAAGAAGACUCUUGUGGAAAUGUAACGCCCAAGUCCAGGGACUCUUGGGAGCAUCCAGAGAGCGACUCCAGAGGCUGGUGAAUAAUCUGGAUAUGGAUGUUUUCACAUUCAAAGAUUAUGGAAAAGAAUUUAUUAAGAAGCAAAAAAUGAGCCCAGAUGCAUUCGUACAAGUGGCCCUCCAGCUUGCAUUUUUUAAGUGCAGUGGAAGGCUGGUUUCCACGUAUGAGAGCGCGUCCAUCAGACGGUUCCGGGACGGCCGGGUGGAUAACAUUCGCUCUGCCACUGUUGAAGCCUUAGCUUUUGUCAAGUCAAUGACAGAUGAGGGGACCGCUUACACCCAAACUGAAAAAAUGAAACGACUGAGGGAUGCAAUAAACGCCCAGACAAAUUACACAAUCGCAGCUAUUACAGGAAUGGCAAUCGACAAUCAUCUUCUGGGACUACUGAAAAGCGCCAGGGAGCUUAACAUGGAGCGUCCCGAGAUAUUUUGUGAUGAAACAUACCUGGCUAGUAACCAAUUUAUCCUGUCCACUAGUCAGGUUCCGACCACAGUGGCAAUGUUCUGCUGUUAUGGUCCUGUGGUGCCCAAUGGCUACGGAGCCUGCUACAACCCGCAACCAGACCACAUCAUCUUCUCCGUGUCCAGUUUCUGGGAGAACACGCAGACGAGCUCAGCCGUUUUUGUCAAAGCGCUGAACGAGGGCCUUCUGGAAAUUAGGGACCUGUGCGACACUUGCGGCAACGCCGCAACGACCAAGGUUGUGGAGGGCCGGCAGGGUGGCAAGCCUCACAGAUCAGGGACAUAG